AUGGGCGUCUCCGCCUCCGCCGCCCCUCCUUCUCCCCCUCCUCGACACCCCGCUGUCGCCGCGGGCUUCGCGGAGACGACGCCAACGUCGCCGUUUUCCCAGCAGCGCGAGCGUCUUAUCCUCGAGCUCUUCCCGUUCAAGGACGCCAGCAAGUUUCACGAGUGGCUGCGAGGCGGGCCUGUGCAGGGCUCGUGGCGCGAGUUCCAGCGCGACCUGCUCGCGCGCCUGCCGGCCGACGGCGACCGCCCGGACCCGGGCCCGGACAAGGCGAGGAUGGCGCAGGCGACCAAGGACGCCAUCAACGCGCGGUCGCAAAAGUUUCUCGUCUACCACCCGGACAAGAGCGGCUGGUCACCCGAGGACCACCAUGUUCGGUUCAUGACCACUGUCAUUAUGGACUCGCUGCUGGCGAAUCUGUGGUCUGAUUCGGACUGGAAAAAGAAAAACCUUGAUAUAUACAAGGCUGUGUACGAGGUGUUAUUCUUUUUGAAAGCGUCGCAUUAUAUGAACCAACAAGCUCCACCCAGCUAUUCGGACUAG